AUGCACAGGAGCAAGGGGAAGCUGUCGGGCGUCCUCAGCAAGGGCUUCAAGCCCGACAAGUGCAAGAUUGCCCUCAAGAUGGCCAUGGCGCGGAUCAAGCUGCUGCGGAACAAGAAGGAGGUGCAGGUGUGCCAGAUGCGCCGCGAGGUCGCGCAGCUGCUCGACGGCAACCAGGACCAGACCGCGCGCAUCAGGGUUGAACAUGUCAUAAGGGAAGAGAAGUUCAUGCAAGCAUAUGACUUGAUUGAAGUGUACUGCGAACUUAUAGUGGCACGCAUGUCCAUUAUUGAUUCACAGAAGACUUGCCCUAUUGAUCUGAAGGAGGCAAUAGCGAGUGUUAUAUUUGCAUCAAUGAGAUGUUCAGAUGUCACAGAACUAGCAGAUGUUCGGAAGAAUUUCACAAGCAAGUAUGGGAAAGAAUUUGCCACAUCAGCUCUUGAAGUGCGACCUGACAGUGGUGUAAACCGUCUGGUAAUCGAGAAGCUCUCAGCAGGAGCACCGGAUGUACAGACUAAAACCAAAACCUUGAGCUCAAUUGCGGCAGAGCAUAACAUAAAAUGGGAGCCAAAAGCAUUUGAGGAGCAGAAGCAAAAUGAAGAUCGGAUGGUAAAUUGA